UCAGCGAGGUCCCGGUCUCGUUGCAGCCGAAGCAGCUCCCCGAGAAGUGGCAGCACGACCUGUUCGACAGCGGCUUCGGGGCGGGGGCCGGAGUGGAGACUGGCGGGAAGCUGCUCGUCUCGAACCUGGACUUCGGCGUCUCGGAUGCGGACAUCCAGGAGCUCUUUGCAGAGUUUGGGACCUUGAAGAAGGCAGCCGUGCACUAUGACAGAUCUGGCCGCAGUCUAGGGACAGCAGAUGUGCAUUUCGAAAGGAAGGCAGAUGCUCUGAAAGCGAUGAAGCAGUACAAUGGAGUCCCCUUGGAUGGACGCCCCAUGAACAUUCAGCUGGUCACGUCACAGAUCGACACACAGAGGAGACCAGCACAGAGUGUAAACAGAGGUGGCAUGACCAGAAACCGUGGUGGUUCAGGAGGAUUUGGUGGUGGAGGAGGCAACAGGCGAGGUACUCGUGGUGGGAACAGAGGGAGAGGCAGAGGAGCUGGGAGAACUUCCAAACAGCAGCUCUCCGCAGAAGAACUAGAUGCACAGCUGGAUGCUUACAAUGCCAGGAUGGACACCAGCUAAAGCGGUGGGCGGCGGGCACAGGGAAGGACUCCGAUCUCGCUCCACGCUCCCCGGCGGGGGCUGCGGCCGUGGCUACUAAUACCGAGGAUGGGAUUUGUUUUACUUUUACGUUCUGGGAUAGGUUUUAAACUCCUGUAAAGGUUUUUUUUAAUUCUGAAGCAGACCUGUUUUGUACCGAGUUAUUUUUGGGAUAAAUUUUACUGGUUGCCUGUUGGGCCGAGGUGGCUUUUUCACCUUUGCCGUAAUAAAAUAGAACCGUGUCUAGA